AUGCUGGGGGAGCUAAUCUUUCUUCUGAGGAGUUUCCAUGGGUUCCUGGCUUCUUCAGGCCCCAUAGGAGCGCUCCUGGCUUGGUUGAUAAGCUUUAAGCCCCUCUUGUUUGCCUUCCUCCUCCUUCUGCUGUUGCUCAGCAACUGGCUGGUCAAACAGGAACACAACUGGGCUCCCUCCCCGCCCCAGGAGGAGGCAGAGACUGCAAAGGCUCCAGAAGUCCAUCCCAACAACACCGUCUCGAACAAGGAAGAGCUGGAGAAAAUUAAUGCUUGCGUCGCCCUCCAAGAUAAGGUCCUUGAACGGCUGAUGCUCAGUGAGAUGAAACUGAAAGCCUUGGAAAAUCAGGUGUUCGUCAUAUGGAAUAAAAUAAAUCGCCGCCGGUGGAACAGCAGACAGCAGAACUUCUCCAGGAGGAGGCACAGGUCGAGAAGGAAUGACUCCGCGUUUUCCACCAUGUCUAAAUGUACUACCAUUACCCCCACUGAAUGUGACUGA